AAACUUGACAAUAGAAUAUAGUGAGAGAAGCGGAGGGGAAAUCGAAUGACAGCUUGUAACGGUAUAGUGAAAUCAACACUGUGAUUCUGUUUUAGUGCUAACACGUGUGAUGUAAGUAGGCAUAGUAGUACUAAUCGUAAGUGCGGGCAACCAUGGCAAAUCAACAAACCACAGAUCCCGUAGCAUCCCAAAAUCAGCCAUUGAAUAACCCACCAGAAAGCGCUAAUAAUGAAAAUAGCGUUGAGAGGAUGCGCACAGAGAGGAUUACCAAAAUUAAACAAAAAGUUCUGCCUGGUGUUAAAAUAACAUUAUUGAUCUCCGUCAUAAUAUACAUAGCCAUGUUUAUUAUUGGUAUUCUAGGCGUCCAUCACUGCCCCGCCGAAGAGAACAUCCCUUUGUUUCUAAUAGCUACUGGAGCUGUAGGUUUGAUUACGAAAAUUACAACCUACAUGAGAGAACAUAUAAUGAGACAUUUCCAAGUUGGUUAUAUGGAAUCUAGUAUGUACACCGUAGAAAUGGUCUUCCUUAUUUUAGGAGCAUACUGGGUUUACAAAGAAUAUCCUCCGAGCUACGUCCCAGGUACUUUAGGAUAUUGCAGAAAGAGUACCUACAUGCUCGCCUUCGUUUAUAUCACUAUCAUAUUAUCAAUCGCUUUUGUAGCUCUAGCUGGAUUUUUGUUUUUCUUAUGUUGUAUUUGUUGCUUGGGAUGCGCUCUUAGCAGAAACGAUGAUGCAGAAUCAGGUAACGCACGUACAGGUAACGCAACAAAUGGAGGAAGUGUGGCUUAACAAGUGACAGCAACAUAAUUUUAUGCUCUGUUCCUCAAAUGGCUGAGUUUAUAAUGAUGAGAGAUCAUUAAUUUGAUUAGAUACAUGAGUUUGCAGUUUUAAUAAUGGAAGCAGCUGAUAUUUAAAUUCACAUUACAUUUAUAUGUUUAUGUUGAUAUUUAAUUAUAGAUUUGAUAACUGUUAUUGUACAUUUUUUUUCUUGAAUAUAUAGAUAUGUCAUUUUUUUUAUUUCAUUGAUCACUCUUGUUCUACAACAUUAUUGUAUUUGAUUCUUCUCAAUAAAUAUAUCAAUUCGUAAUUUCGUUUAUUAGUCCAGACGCUAGUAAUGAUUUUUGGCACACAUGUAGUUUGGAAGAGUACUUUUAAAAACAAUUGUUCGGCGCGUAAACAGCCAUGGAAAAUGAGGUAAACUACCGGAAAAAAUAAAAAUUGGUAUUUCAUCAAUAAUGUUGUAGGGAUUGAGAACUUUGAUACAAUGUAUAGAAAUGAGUAUUUAGAGCAUGAAAAUUUUUACAAAAAAGCUGAGUUAAUUGGUCUCUAACUGUGUGUGUUCGUGAUUUGAGUAGACUGAAAUCAGAUUCUCAUAAUAUUGUAAAGUUGAUUUGUCGUUUAUACACAAUUGAUUUUCAUGAAUUCGCUCCCCGAUUCUGAAAACAACUUUGACAGUUCGAAUUAUCUAUUUAUGACCUAACAGUAUUUCAAAGGAUUUCCUCAUAAUCUUUUAUUAUCUAUAGUUCCACUUCAAUUGAAAUAAAUUUCUUAAACGUGGGAGAAAGGAUGAAAUCAUAUAGACCGGGUGAAGUUUAAGAAAUAAGAAAUUGGAAUUUUCGAACUGUAAUAAGUGAAAAAGCAGGAAAAAAAUACUAGUAGAAACCAGAAUAAGCAAAUAGAGUGUUCAAACUGCACGUAUUCCAAAAAUCAUUUCUUUUGGGUCUAGUGUCAGGUUAAAACACUUGGUUCCUGGACUAUACAAGUAUGUAGCCCAAAGCAGAACUGUUGAUGUUUUGAAAAUCGAUAAGAUCUAUCGAUGAAUACAGGAUGAGUCAUCUGGAACUUUACAUACUUUUACCCUAUGUAGAGCUACUCAGGAAGGAUAUCAUGACGUUACUGAAAAGUUUCACUCCUCUUUUUAUUAAUUUAAAGGACGAUUGUGGAAUUGUAAAAUUGGCUAUAGUGUUCACACAGCUUAUUUAAGAUUCUUGAAUAAGACAACCAUAAUGACAUUACGAAAAACACCAAACAACGAAAACAGAAUCUUAUAAAAAUCACUACAAACAAUUUUAAAACAAUAACUAAAAGUAAAAAGUAAAAGUCAAUAAUUUUAUCUGAUGCAUAGUGGGAUUGUUAAAAGCUUAAGCUCAAGUUUGUAAGGUUAUAGCCCUUGGAAAACUCCACCAUCUUCAGAAAAGAAGUGAAAUCAUUUUGACAACAUAGCAAUGCUAUUUUUUUACGCGAGAGAUAGUUUCAUUGUUAUUUUGCAAAAACUGUUUAACCUCUUUUUCAAGGUGGUGAAUUUUUCCCAAAUUUUGCAACCCCACAACCCGGUUUUAAAAUUUCCAUACCGUCCUCAAUGCAUGAAAUGAAUUGCUGAUGGAUAAAUGCAAGGUUGGGGCAUAUUUUUGUAACUUUUGUCAAAGAACUAGGUACAUUGAACAUCGUAGAUGUGCGUCAAGGAGUAGUACUACUGUUGAAUCUAAAGAUGUUAAUAGGAUAAUUAAUUUUAAUCAUGUCUUGAUAACAAAUAACACAAUAAUUUUUAUAACAACGAAUUCAUUCUUAAAUGAAGAUUAUUUAUUUAAAUUUAAAGUUUUAGAAUUAUUUUUCCUUAAUCAAAUUUAGAUCAAAACAUUUAAUUUUUAUUUAUAUAUAUCAUCUCGGAAAAAUAUUACGUUGCAUAUUUACACAUUAAAACGACAAAAUAAUGUUCUAUCAAUCAUUUUUAUUACAUGAAGUUAAUUGAGCAAUUAUUUUGACGAAUAGUUUCAUGCAAACAAAACUAAAAAUAACUAUUGCUAGUGUCUUGGCAAAAUCACAAAUAGUUAUUUCGGUUACAAAUUGCACAUUAUAUUAAAAAUGAGCACAUGUCUGGGACUGGGUAAAUAUAUAUUAAAAUUAAAAAUGUGUUCGAUGUGAGAAUAUUUUCGAGAUUUUUGACAUGGCAGAAGAUGGAGAAAAGACACCACCAACGCCAAGUAGUUCUGCAUCCUGUAACGAUGUUGAAAAAGGAGAAAAUAUAAAAAUUUUAGAAGUCGAAGAAGAUAAUGAACCAUUAGAAAAA